AUGAACAGUAACAGCUCCGGCAGCGAGUUGGGUAAAGCUGGAAAAUGGCGCCGCGAGGAAGAUGAAGAAGAGACUAAUAAUACUGGUACUACCAGUGACAGGUUAACCCAUCUUCCAGAACCCAUUAUUUAUCACAUCCUUUCAUUCCUCGACACGAAAGCCGGUGUUCAAACCUCCAUCUUGUCCCGAGCUUGGAGAUCCGCUUGGAAAAAUGUCCCUGUUCUGGAUUUCUGUAGCCAUUCCUUCAGCCAGUAUCCGAGUUUCCGGAGGUAUGUGGACAAAGUUCUGUCCCUCCGUUAUCUUGUUAAUGUCGAAAAGUUGACCUACAUCUCCAAUGAAAGUUCAGAGGAGGAACGAGCUGAUAGUCAAUUUGGCAGGGUUGUCCAAUAUGCCUUGUGCCAUGAUACUCAACAUUUAGCCAUAGGCGAUAGGAUUCGUUUCCAUCGCUAUCUCAGAUUUUCAGAUUUGUUUGGUUCGAUCUUGAAUUGCAAUAUGAGAACCCUAGAACUACGCAGUAUCGCCAUCGAUAGUGGGUUUCGGUCUUUUGGUUUUCAGAGGAUGACCACUUUGAAGUUGGAUUGGUGCAACUUUUCUUUUGAGCAGGUGGAGGACCUUGAUCCAUUCUCGAACUUCCCUUGUCUCCAGAAUUUGUCCUUGACUAAUAGCUCCAACAGGGUUCCCCGUCACUUGCGUGGAGGGAGUUUCAAGGUUUCCGGGCUCCAAUUGCUUAGCCUGAAACUCGAACUUAUGAAAUUUCGCAAGUUUGAAUUAGAUGCUCCCAAACUCAAGCUGUUGCAUAUUUCAGAAAUUGCGGGUUUUUGCUCAGCAUUCUCAGAGUUGAGUUUUCCUUCCCUCGAUCAUGCUGAUAUCCUUUUCUAUCCGGAUUCCAUGGCAAACAAGAAGCAUUUAGUCUCCUUUUUCAAAAGUUUGCAUAAUGCAAUCUGUCUCACCCUGCAUUCCAAAACCAUCCAGGUGCUGAGUGGUCUUGAUGAGUUUCUGGAACAACCAACUGACUUUACUAGAUUGACUCAUUUGAAUGUGUCGUCAAGUAGCAUACCUUACGAAGUGGUCGAUUGCUUUCUCAAAGGAUCCUCUACCACAGAACCAAAUGUCCAGUACCGAGUGAAUUCAGUUGGUGGUUUGGGAGAGCAGCGGUCUCCUUUUACGAGUUUGAAGUCCUUGAUUCUAGCUUUGGAGAGUGUACCUUACAGACUCCCCAAUUACAAGCUCUCGGACUUGGAUUCCGAUCUCGCAACUCUAGAGUUGGGGUUUAUCUUUCUCGACUGUAGUCUUAGAUCUUCUGGUUUUCGGGUACUGACAACUUUAUGUCUAGACCGAUGCCUGCUGGGUUCUGAUAAGGAGGACUUCGAUCUUUUUUCUGAUUUUGCCUCCCUGAAGAAUUUGGUCCUGCAUCAUUGCAUUCUCCAUGAGGACCGCUCUUCUGCUGGGGAUGAAAGGUUUUUCAAGAUAUCAGGACCUCAAUUGCUUAGCUUGAAAAUACUGGAUAAUCUGCUGAACACCAAGGUUGAAAUAUCUGCACCGAAGCUCGAAUUCUUCAGUUUCUGGAAUGUCCUGGAAAUUCAUGAAUUAUCCAAGUUAAGCGUUCCUUCCUUGGUUCAUGCUGAUAUUAAGUUUGGGUCCAAUGAACUGAGGGCGACUGUCAUCGAAUGGCCGACGCUAAUUGUGAUCCCCUUGUUCAAAGGUUUGAGCAAUGCGACAUCUCUCGUGCUGGAUUCCUUUAGCAUUCAGGAAUUGAGCGACAUUUGUGAGUUUCUGGAACAACACCCCUCCCUUUACGAGAUUGCAUUUCCUGCUGUUAUAUCUGUCAAUGAGCUUAAGAAACCUGCUCUGCAUCUUCGUCCUCGAAAGGAUCCAUAG